AUGGAGACUCUGUGUGCGGAUAAGAACUGGGUUUCAUGGUUUAAACAGACUCCAGGAACGAAGCCUGUUCUCAUCACUUCGUGUUUUAGAUUUAGUUCUGAUUCACAAUUUCACAACAAUUUUAAUGAGAGCGGACGCUUUAGUGCAUUCAAAGGAAAGGGCACUUUUACUCUGAACAUCUCAAAUGUAGAAGCAUCUGAUUCAGCUACGUACUUCUGUGCAGCUGCAUAUUAUACAGAUAUUGAGUUAUCAGACUGCACACUUUUAGUCCUCAAAGAUCCACCUUCAAGUCUCUACACUGUUCUCCAGCCUCCUGUAUCAAAUCCUGUUAAACUGGGAGGAGAUACAACUCUGCAGUGUUCAAUACUCACAGAUAACUCUGCAGGAGAUCACAGUGUGUACUGGUUCAGACACGGAUCAGGAGAAUCUGAUCCAGGAAUCAUCUUCACUCAUGGAAACAGGAGUGAUCAGUGUAAGAAAAGCUCUGAGACUGUUUCUCCUACACAGAGCUGUAUCUACAAACUCCCCAAGAACAACCUCAGCCUCUCUGAUGCUGGAACUUACUACUGUGCUGUAGCUGCAUGUGGAGAGAUCUUCUUCGGGAACGGAACUGAAGUAAACUUUGAGAAUCCAUUUUUGGUCCCAGUUGUUAUAUUUUUAGCAACAUCAAACAUCAUAUUUAUGGUUGUGGUUUUAUUUAUGUGCCGAAAAUUACACAACAGUCAUCAGAAAGGUAUGUUCAUCACAUUAAUAUUUUACUACAACACAUUUUACUUGCAUUUGAAUGACUGACUUCUUAUUUGUUGAAGAUGCUGCUGAAGGUCAAACACUGCAAGAA